GAAAGGAUUAUACAGUCUCAUCUCAACUUAUACGUAUCUCGUACGUACUACGAGUAGUAGGGGAGCUGAAACUGAGAGAGAGAGAGGGAGAGAGAGAGCGCUAUCGACGAGCGAGAAUAGCAAAGAGGGUCAUUACUUAGUUAUUAGUUUUUGUUUCUCAUUAAACCUAAACACACAAACUGGUCUCACUUCAAGCCCUAAAUCAUCCUAAUUCAUUGUUCCAAUUGAUUUUAAGUAAAAUCACCAAGAAAACCUGGAAUUGCUUUUGAUGAAUUGGUGUUCCUGAUAAAAUUCUUGGAGGUGGGUUUACUUUGAAUCAUGGUUAGUGGGGAGGGGAACUCGACGCCAAAGGCGGCUUCGUCCAAAACAUCCACUUCUCAGGAGCAGCAGCCCCAGCCUCAGCAGCAGCAGCAACAGCAACCUCCUCCUACUAGUAAUGCUGCAGUGUAUCCAGACUGGACUGGAUUUCAGGCUUAUUCUCCAAUGCCUCCUCAUGGAUUCUUUCAUUCCUCGGUUGCAUCGAGUCCUCAACCUCAUCCUUAUAUGUGGGGAGCUCAGCAUCUUAUGCCUCCAUACGGGACCCCGCCACCUCCAUAUGUGAUGUAUCCACAUGGAGGAAUGUACGGUCACCCAUCAAUGCCUCCGGGUUCACUCCCCUUCAGUCCUUAUGCUAUGCCAUCUCCAGGUGGCCCAGAAGCUUCUGUAACUAUGACUGCUGGGGCAGAAGCAGAUGGGAAGUCAUCGGAUGGUAAGGAGAAAAGUCCGCUGAAGAGAUCAAAAGACAGUUUAGGCAGUUUGAAUAUGAUUACGGGCAAGAACAAUAAUGAAAAGGUUAAAACAUCAGGGGCAUCAGCGAAUGGUGCUUAUUCCCAAAGUGCAGAGAGUGCGAGUGGAGGUUCAAGUGAAGGAAGUGAUGCAAAUUCCCAGAAUGACUCGCAACCAAAGGCACACCGUGGGAAAGAUUCGUUAGAAGGGGAAUCAUCUCAAAACGGAAGCUCUGCCCAUGGUUCUCAUAAUGAGGUAUCUGGUACACCACAUCAUCCAAUGUUGAAUCAAGCAAUGACUGUUAUGCCUAUGCCACCAGUGGGGGUUCCUGGAACUGUUGCUGGUCCCACCACUAACUUAAAUAUUGGGAUGGACUAUUGGGGUGCUCCAACUCCGUCCUCUUUACCUGCCGUGCAUGGGAAAGUUUCCCCAGCAACUGUUCCUGGGUCAGUGGUUCCUAAUGGUCUCAUUGGGUCCCGUGAGGGUGUUCAGCCCGAGCUAUGGAUACAGGAUGAAAGAGAACUUAAAAGGCAGAGAAGAAAGCAGUCAAACAGGGAAUCAGCCCGUAGAUCUAGGUUACGCAAGCAGGCGGAAUGUGAAGAGUUGGCUCAGCGUGUGGAAGUUCUGAAAGAAGAAAACUCUGGACUGAAAUCACAAGUUAGUCACAUCAGAAGCGAGUAUGAGCAGCUUCUUGUCCAGAAUAGCUCUCUCAAGGAGAGACUUGGGGAAAUCCCAAGAGGAUCUGAAGGUGAGGAACAUCUGGGUGAGAAGGUUCAGCAAGUAGGUGAAAAUUGAUUCGGAGACCCCAUCUUAAUGGGGGAAUACUCUAACCCAAUUAGUAUCACUAGCAACUUCUUAUUUAUAUAGGUAGGAUGGUUCUCAAAAUUUGUCAAAGGUCUAACUUUCUGGUCACCAACUCUGUGUAUACCUGUAAUCGUUCUUGUCACUUUGGCCAAAUAAUGGCGGUCAAUUGUGUCAGAGGCGGCAGUGGGUAGUAUUUGUCUCUAGCUACAGUGAGCGUAGCAGUUUGGUACACUGCCGUCUUCGUAUUACUUGUGGUAGAUGACACCUGUACUUUAAGAGAGUGAGAGGGAGAAAGGAGAAACUAAUAAACUUUAGGUUUGCCUUGUGUGUAUGAAGCUUUUACGUAGUUGAGGAGUGUUUUCUUUUUGUACUUCCUGUACCUGUUGAACAAAAAGUACUAAUGAUAUAUUUAUCUAGUCUCUAUUUAGGAUUUUAUGUGGAUC